ACAAAAAGUUUUAAUGUUUUAAUGCUAAUACUAAUCUCUUAAUCGUAACCACUUGCGAACCGAUGCAAAAGAACUAGUUCAAUUUAAAGCGCCACGGAAUCAAUGUGAUUCCAUUGGUACACCAAUACAACUCUAGACAACUGCUAAGAACAUUAAGAAGCCGUGGUGAAAGUGCCAAAGGCCUCUAAGCGCCAGCAUAGAAGCAACGUAGCGGAGAACAGAGAACUACAGUUGCCAAGCAAAGCACGCACACUCAUUGGGGCAUCAUUCAGUGAAACUGUCAAACAGUUCGACCCGCAGCCAGGAGCAACAGCUGUUGCUUGCCGCACAUACACACAACACAUACACAGCAUACCUACAAAAUGCCACACACACAGUACCAAAGGUGGCUGUACACCUGCCUGUUGGUCAGCAUAUUGCCCACGUUGUGUCUGGGCCUUCUGGAUGGUCUAUACUGCGGCAAAGAGAACUGCUACGAUGUUCUGGGCGUCACACGUGAAUCUUCCAAGUCAGAGAUUGGCAAAGCCUAUCGCCUAUUGGCACGCAAGCAUCAUCCCGAUCUGCAUCGCGGUGAGGAGGCCAAGGCGCUGGCCGAGGAGCAGUUUAAGUUGUUGGCCACUGCCUACGAGAUACUGCGCGAUGAGGAAUCCCGCACCGACUAUGACUACAUGUUGGACAAUCCGGACGCAUACUAUGCGCAUUAUUAUCGCUACUAUCGUCGACGUGUUGCGCCCAAAGUGGAUGUGCGUGUGGUGAUUGUAGUUACGUUGACCAUCAUAUCGGUGAUUCAGUACUAUUCAGGCUGGCAGCGCUAUGACGCCGCCAUAAAGUACUUUGCGACGGUGCCCAAGUAUCGCAACAAGGCGCUGGAUAUUGCGCGCGAUGAGAUCCAGGAGCGUGUGCACACGCGAAAGGGUAAGAAUCGCAAGAGUUUAUCGAAAACCGAACAGAAAGAGGAACUGGAGCGCAUCAUACGAAAGGUGAUCGAGGAGAAGAUGGACGUGCAGGGCGGCUAUGCGAAGCCCACGCUUUGGGAUGUGCUUUGGGUGCAGUUGCUCAUCUGCCCGUAUACGCUUUUUAAUUUUAUUGUGUGGCAUGCGCUUUGGUUCUGGCGCUAUACGGUGCUCAAGCAGCCGUACGGACGGGAACAGCAGCUUUAUCUGAUACGUCGCCACAUGGGCAUGGGCCAGCAUCAGUUCAAUGCACUGGAGGAUAAACAGAUCGAGGAGUAUCUGCAGCUGGAGCUGUGGCAGCGCGACAAUUUUGUUGCGUGGAAGGCCGAUCAGGAUGAGGACAUGAAGAAAAAGCUGGCCGAGAAUCCGCGUUACAAGGCCUACAGGCGCUAUAUGAAGAACCAUGGUCCCGGCCGAAUUACCUUUGAGGAUUAGGACGGCGCCAGUUGAUGUUCAAGUUUUAUUGUUCCAUCUUGUCGCCAUUGGCAAACUGGCGAAGUUUUGCAAUAGUUUAAAAAUAAAUUAUGUUAAUAAUUCUGUUAGCCAUUGGAUACUGCCCGCCGGCACCGAUGGCCAAAACGUUGACCUCGCCGCAAACCGGUUCAAAACGUGCUUACUCGCCAUUUCAUCUUUUGAAGCAGAAACGUGCGAAAUGCCCAACAAUACGAAUCCGAAACCGAGAACUCUAUCUAAAAACGUUGUUAGCUCAAUUGUCCGAAUUUUUAUAGCAAAUAUACAAAUAAUAUUAUAAAAAAAUAAA